AUGUUUGGACCUUUCCGUGCAUCCUUUGUCGCGCAAGGCGGCUUAUUAUGGAAGAAUCCGUUUCGCAUGUCGGGCACACGCAAAGCCAAUGUUCGCAAGCGAUUGAAGGCGGUCGAUCAGGUCAUUGCCACGGUGGCCGAGUCCGGAGUGCGUUGCAAAGCACUGGAUGAAGCUCUGGCUCUUCCCAAAGAAGCCAACAUGAGCCCCAGAGACAAGUAUACCGUAUUCAGCCGUUAUGCUCUUGGACAUCGUAAAUCCCUGCACAAAGUUCCCAAGUUCACCAAGAAGACCGUGCGCACCAGUCCUCCUGGUUUCUAG